AUGGCUCGCGUCUACGCAGAUGUCAACCAGAACAUGCCCCGCAGCUAUUGGGAUUAUGAUUCAGUCAACAUCAGCUGGGGCGUCUUGGAAAACUACGAAGUCGUCAGGAAGAUUGGUCGGGGUAAAUAUUCCGAAGUCUUUGAAGGCAUCAACGUUGUCAACUAUCAGAAGUGCGUUGUCAAGGUGCUCAAGCCUGUCAAGAAGAAGAAGAUCAAGCGCGAGAUCAAGAUCCUCCAGAACCUGGCCGGCGGGCCAAAUGUUAUCGCGCUUCUCGACGUCGUUCGGGACUCACAGAGCAAGACGCCAUCCCUAAUCUUUGAAUAUGUCAACAACAUCGACUUUCGCAGUCUGUAUCCCAAGUUCAACGACCUCGACGUACGAUUCUACAUUCACGAGUUGCUCAAGGCCUUGGACUUUUGCCACAGCAAGGGAAUCAUGCACAGAGAUGUGAAGCCGCACAACGUCAUGAUUGAUCACGAAAACAGAAAGCUGCGUCUCAUCGAUUGGGGCCUGGCCGAGUUUUAUCACCCCGGAACCGAGUACAACGUGCGAGUGGCCUCUCGCUAUUUCAAAGGGCCAGAGCUGCUUGUUGAUUUUCAAGAGUACGACUACAGCCUGGACAUGUGGAGCUUGGGAGCCAUGUUUGCGUCCAUGAUCUUCAGAAAAGAACCCUUCUUCCACGGCAACAGCAACGCCGAUCAACUGGUCAAGAUUGCCAAAGUCCUGGGCACGGACGAGCUGUUCGACUAUCUGGACAAGUAUGAAAUCGAGCUCGAUGCACAGUACGACGAUAUCCUCGGCCGUUUUCAAAAGAAGCCUUGGCAUAGUUUCGUGACGUCCGAGAAUCAGCGUUUUGUCUCUAACGAAGCUAUCGACUUCCUCGAUAAGCUGUUGCGAUAUGACCACCAAGAACGACUCACCGCUAAGGAGGCCCAAGUUCAUCCCUACUUCGACCCUGUACGGGAUCCCGAAGUCUUCAAGCGCCACCUGGCCGACCCCAAUGGAACGUACAAGUCCUGA